AUUGGGCGACGUCGAUCCGCGAAUUCGACCUGAAAAUCUGUCGCGAAAUCGACGCGCGGAUUGUGACCGCCUUUCGACGAGGUUCUGGUUGAUACUCGUGUUACAGACAGCUUCGACUGCCGUGCCAACGAGCGAGCGACCUGAGAAGUGAGAAACGUGACAGACUCAUCGAAGAACACAUCGCAAUUGCACGGAAUCGACCGGGGGCAAAACGCGAAGCCACAAAAAGAACCGCGAUCACUUUCCCAAGACUUUCGGGUGCGUCGUAAUGCGUCAUCGCUAAUGAAUGCGCGAGCGCGACAUCGCGCCCGGAUUCUUACCCGGGCGGUCACCUCCGACAUUGUGCAGCUUUGCCUAAAGAAACAGUACAACAGGAACCAAGGUCGCUCGCUUUCACCGUGCACGACCUUUCGCCUUUCUGCCUCGUUUGUUGUUCGAUACGCCGGUGGAGGACAAAAGAUUUAUCUUAUCUAGUCCGAGAUUUUCUCUUACGCGCUCGAUACGCUUUAUCAAGUUCUUGCAGCUAGAACUUUGUUCAGUGUCGAUCGGACGGAAGGACAGCAGAUAAGAACGCGCGUGCAUACGGAUCGUACGCGCGCAGGUUAUCUACCUUGUACAGCAUGUACACGAGAGAGAUGACUUUUCCUGGGGGCGAUACCGGCCGGCCGGAUCACACAGGUUUGCGAGCGAGACAUGUUGGCCAGGGAAAGGAAAAUUACACGUGCAACAGGAGAGGCCGGCAGGGCGGGAGGGAUCGAUAAGAGAAAUCGAACCGAGCGUGCUACGUGGAAUCGUGAAAGUGAAGGUACGUCGCUAUUGCCACCGCCGCCGUCACCGCAGCAGGAACUUUCAACGCGGGUGAUUUAGGCUCGAUGAAUACCUGUUGCUCGUUGUUGGUCGACCGAACUGUUCGUUCCUUUCCUCACUGUGCCGGAACGAAGUGUGACGUAGGCAACAUAUCGAGGAAUUUACGGGGAAACAACGAUAAACACGAGGCACAAUAGGGAGAUAUAAGACUAUCUGCCACAAAACCAGUCGUUGGGAAGUGUCAAAUACUGAAUGUUGACGAGAAUGGAGCGACAGAGAAAGAAGCUGGCAGAGUACGACCAGGAGCAUCUGCUUAGAUUCUGGGAGGAGUUGACAGAUGAAGAUAGACAUGAUCUGGAGAAUGAUAUUGAUGAAUUAGAUCUACAGGAAGCUACUUUGUACUUUAAGAAAGCACUGGAAUCUUCUCAGCAUAUUGGUCAAGAUAUGCUAGAUGACAAAGUACAGCCUGUAGAUGAAAAGAAAAUUGCCUCCGCCAAGACAUCCACAAAAGAAGAGCUGGAAAUGUAUGAGGAAUUUGGUCUGAAAGAAGUUGCCGAAGGUCGUGUGGCUGUAUUAUUGAUGUCAGGUGGUCAAGGAACGCGCUUAGGAGUGACCUAUCCUAAGGGAAUGUUUGAUGUUGACUUACCAUCGCACAAAACUCUUUUCCAGCUGCAGGCAGAGAGGAUACUGCGUCUGCAGAACAUUGCAGAACAGCGGUGUGGAAAACAUGGAGAGAUAACUUGGUAUAUUCUUACUAGUGAAGCUACUCACAAUGCCACUAUCACUUUUCUCAGCAAACACAACUACUUUGGCUUAAAAGAGAAAAACAUUAAAGCUUUCAAGCAGGGCAUGCUACCGUGUUUUACUUUUGAUGGCAAGAUAAUCUUGGAUGCAAAACAUCGUGUUUCUAAAGCACCUGAUGGUAAUGGAGGAUUGUACCGUGCAUUGAAAACUCAAGGAAUACUGGAAGAUAUGACGCAACGUGGAAUUCGGAGUAUACAUGCACAUUCCGUGGACAAUAUCUUAGUGAAAGUAGCAGAUCCUAUAUUUAUAGGCUAUUGCUUGGUCUCUGAUACAGAUUGUGGAGUUAAAGUUAUUGAGAAAUCUUCUCCUUCUGAAGCAGUUGGUGUAGUUUGCAAGGUAGAAGAUCAUUAUCAAGUAGUUGAAUAUAGUGAAAUCACAAAAAAGACCGCGGAACUCCGUCACGCCGAUGGACAACUGGUGUACAACGCCGCCAACAUAUGCAACCACUACUUUACAGUCAACUUUCUAAAAGAUAUCGGACACCUGCACGAGAAAGAUUUGGAUUUGCACGCUGCGAAGAAAAAAAUUCCAUACGUUAACGACGAAGGGGAGAGAAUCAUUCCAAAAAGUCCAAACGGUAUCAAGAUAGAAAAAUUCGUGUUCGACGUGUUUUGCUUCGCGAAGAACUUCGCGGUGUGGCAGGGCAUUCGCAAGGAAGAAUUUAGCCCCUUGAAAAACUCCAAUUCCGUCGAUCAAGAUUGCCCGAGCACCGCGCGAAGCGAUCUGCUGAAUUUACAUAAGAAAUGGUUAUUGAACGCGGGUGCAAAGAACGUCAGCAAUGAUGUGGAGGUCUCUCCUUUGCUUUCGUACGCUGGCGAGAAUCUAAGUCGAAUUGCGAGUGAUCAGUCUUUUGUGGGACCACAAGUUCUCGAAUAACAACACUGGCAAUGAUAAUGAGAUAUCUUGAAAAGCAAAUAUCAACAAGGAUGCUUACUUCUCUGUGCGUGAUGGAGUAAGAUUAAAGGUAUAAGUUUAACGACCGUUCGUAGUAAUCAACGACAUAUAUAUGUAUAUAUAUACACUUAGAUUAAACAUUCAUAUACUUUCACCAUAGCAGUGGGAGAAACCGGAAAUUGACAAGAGAUAUAGUUCGUUCGCCUCUCUCAGUACGUAUGUAUCUCUUCCAAAUUUCCAGUUUUACAUCCGCGAACGGGGAAUAUGUGGCCUAUAUAUGUCACAGUGAAAGUGAUUAAUUUGGGGAUUUUGUAAAAUUUCUGACGAUUUUAUACUUAAUAAUACUCUAUUGUAUCUUGUAAAAUCGUUUUUAUGUGAUUUUACAAAAAACACUAAUUAUUUUCAUUGUAGCAUCGCAUGUUGAUAAUAGCAUCAUAUAAUUUUUAUACUGCUUUUGAGACUUAUAUAUAUGAACUUUUGAUAUUGUUACGCGGUAAUGUGAAUACUCACACUUGCAAGGACAGAAAUGGAAUUCUGGUUAUAAUAUGAAUCAGGUAAAACGUGUAAAUAAAAAUUGUAUAAUAUGUAUGCACAUCAAUUGUAAAGUAUAAUUUGGCUGUAAUUCGGCUGUAAGUAUUUCGAAUGUAUAUCAGUUUUUGAUAAACUGUUAAGAUAUAUAUGUUAAAUAAAAGUGAUGAGCAUUAUAA